AUGGCAGAAACGGCACCCGCAACCUCCGGCGACGAUAUCCUAGUCACGCUCACACACCACGGCAAAGCAAUCGUCCUACCAUUCGCAAAAGAUGCCACCAUCUCCGCUCUUUCAGAACGCGUCGCGGCGGAGCUCUCUAUACCGCCGGAGAAUCAAAAGUUCCUCGUUGGCGGCAAAAUCGGGCUGCAGAAGCCACCCUUCAAGGAUGCUGCGCUGCCGCUCACGGAGCUCGCGACCAAGAAGAUAACCCUCAUGGGCAGUACCAAGGAAGCGGUAUCCUCCCUCAACAACAGCAUAUCCGCCGCCUCGGCACCCCGCCGACCAGGCCCCAUUAAAGCCGCCACCCCAGCGCGAAGUCGAGACUACAAGAAGAUACAAGAAGAAGCGCAAUACACGUUUCACACACUGCGCCCGCUACCCUACCUCCCCAACCCCGAGCGCUCGCUGCGCUUCCUCGAGCGACUACGUGACGAUGCAGGCAUCAAAGCCGCGAUGCGCACACACAAGUUUAGCGUUCCAUUACUCACGGAGAUGGAUCCUGCCAUGCAUACAACACAGGAAUCGCGCACAUUAGGGCUGAACCGGAACAGGGGAGAGGUGAUUGAACUGCGCCUGAGAACCGACGCAUACGACGGCUACCGCGACUACAAGACGAUUCGCAACACCCUAUGUCACGAACUCGCGCACAAUGUCUGGGGCCCUCACGACCGCAACUUUUGGAAUCUGUGCAAGCAAAUUGAGCGCGAGGUGGCUCGCGACGACUGGAAGAGCGGGGGCCACAGUGUUGGCAACGAGGAGUUUUAUGAACCUACUGGCGCGGAAGAAGUACAUGACCAUGGAGGCUGGACAGGCGGAGAAUUCACCUUGGGCGGUCGAAGUGGGGAGACGGUGGUUAGCAGCGCAAGCGGAGCGAGUGUGAGUGUGGGUGGUAUGAGCAGGAGAGAAGUGCUUGCACGGGCGGCGGAAGAGAGACUGAAGAGAACGAAGAAGGCAGAAGAGGAGGCGGAUGGGACAGGAAGCUCGUGA